AUGACAAGAUGGGUCAACCUUGGCCCUGGCUUUGAUUCCGAGGACCCGUUAUGGAAGAUUCAUGUCUAUGGUAGGCCUGUAUGCCGGCCUGAGCGACUUGACGACUUGGUGGCUAGUCCCCGCCUCUACUUCGAAGAGCAGGCUCCUGACUGGUUUGAGGAAUUGCGAGACCGCAAUCUGUCCUAUCUGAAGGAUGAGCAAUACAAAAAGGAUGGGCUUUUUGAGGAAUACCCGUUUGAAUACCCGUUAAAUCCGAGUACCUGGCACAUUUCAUACAAGGAGCCAUCGAAAUUAUGA